UCCUGCUCCGGCUCACAGAGGAACUUGCAUUUCUGGUGCUGACGCUGGUUCUUCCUGACUCUUCAUGAAGGCAUCGCGGUGCUGCUGUCACUGCUCAAUGGUUCUGCUUCAGUCCUGAUCCAGUCCUGCUUCAGAGACAUGACUGUACUGAGAAUGGAACUGGUUCUGGUCCAGAUGCAGCGGGGCUGGGCUGCUGCCGAGGCCCCGGAGCCCGACAACAUUCAGGACAUGGAGCUGAGGGAGGAGUGGCAGGAUGAUGGGUUCCCCAGGCCGCUCCCAGAGGACUGUGGAGGUACAGAGGAUGCUGAGAGUCAAGCAGGAGGUGGAUCUGAGUCAGCCUUAGCCCCAUCCAGUGACCUUACAUCGUCAGCUGCUGGUGGAUUUGGGGGCAAGAAGCGUCUAGCAGCUCCAUCUCUUAGUCUCACUCUGAGCCAGCGAGAUCCUCAUGACCCAAACAACGACAGCUUCUCAGCCGCAGCGCUAUCAGGGACUCCAGACGAGACACCAUCACUCGACAUCAACUUGGAGGCUCUGGAGACGCCAUCGGACAGUGAGACAGGAACACUGCCGGACAGUAUGUACGAUCUAGAGUGGGAAGAUGACCUUCCAAGGAUGGGGAAGGGCAGAUCUACGGGCAUUGCGGGAACCCCCGUGGAACCAAGCGAAGGUCUGAUGGAGCUUGAUCAGUUGGAUGAACAGGGACGCCGCUGGAGGAGGUUCUCUAUCUCUGGGCACGAGUACCAUGUCAACAUGAGCGUGCUAGAGCCGUACCUGCAGGUUCUAUCACAUGGAGGUUACUAUGGAGAUGGGAUGAAUGCCAUAAUUCUGUUCACUUCAUGUUACCUGCCAGAGAAUACAGUGGAGAACUACGAGUAUGUGAUGGAAAACCUGUUCAGAUAUAUUGUAGGUACUUUGGACCUGAUGGUUUCGGAGAAUUAUGUGCUGGUCUACCUGUGUGCAAUGGCUCCCAGAAACAAACUUCCAGCCAUCAAAUGGCUCCACCAGUGCUACACCUCUAUUGACAGAAGGUUGAAGAAGGACCUGAAGGGACUAUUGGUUGUCCAUCCUGCUUGGUACAUCAAAGCUAUGAUCACACUCGUCAAACCCUUCAUCAGUGACAAGUUCAGCAGGAAGAUUCGUUUUGUUCAGAAUCUUCAGCAACUCUCUCAGUCCAUCCCAACAGACAGGCUGCAGAUCCCAGAUGCAAUACGACAGUAUGAUGAGAAGCUGAGUAGAUGACAACCUCAGACUACGGGGAUUAUUGAGGCUGAAGCUUAUGAAGCUGUCGGCUGGAUGUACAGAGAACAAACUUUAUUUUAUUUAUACGGACUUUGUUUUUGUUGGGGGUCAGUUUUCUGCUGGUUUUGGAGGAGCUUCAAAUUUAUUAAAAAGGAGUUCUUACUCUCCAACCUGAUCCAAUCUGACGAAUCUGAGCUGACCUCCAUGGAAAGCAGGUCCAGGGUCAAAGUGGCGCUCAGAAUCUCAUCGUCCUUCCACUGAACCUCAGACCCUCACUUCACAGAAGUUCUGCUGCCUUUUAUUUAAUUUUAAACAGACAAGCUUGAGAUGGAGUUAACUAAAACAGUUACUAUAGCAACACUGACAGAUGUAAGGGGGUUCUUGUUUAUCUGGUUGGUUCUGACCUGGUUCUAGUUUGGGUUUUAUGUUGUUGUGCAGGAGGUUUACCUGCUUUCCCUCCUACAAUAAAAAAAUGUAUUUAA